CGUCAUCUUCGAGUGCUUCCGGCGCCUGGCGCUCACGGGCCUGCUCAUCUUCAUCUACCCCGGGUCGGCGGCGCAGAUCACAAGUCCAUUCCAUGGCAGGGUCGAGGACUGUGGCUGAUUUGAGGGUGUUGAGCACGAGUGCGGUGCCGCUUUGCGCUGCGCAUAGCAGGGUGAGGCGAUUCAGCAGCGACAUCGCUGAUAGCACCACAAAAACUGACCUUGCUCUCCCUUGUCAGCAGAGCACGAGCUCAAACCAAGCGCAGCCUCGCUAGACACAAAAAACGCGUCGCAACCGACGCUCUGACCCGCAGAGCUAGCAAUCGCGGUCCUCACGAUGCGCAUUCUCACCGCGCUCGCCCUCGCCAUUGGCGCCGCCGCCCAGGACGGCGCUCUCAUCGAGCUCGAUGGUGAAGCACCGGUGUUGCAAUCAACCGCGGCGGCGAUCCGCGGCGCGGAUCAGAUGCGGUCGUAGAGGUCAUCGCGCCGAUCGCCCUGUGGCGAGGACGGCGCCGCCGCGCACACAAAACCGCCGACGCCGUUCCGACGUCAAGUUUCCGCGAACACAAAAAAUCAAACCCACGCAGGCUCGGGCACGACGAACCCGUCCAAGUACUUCUGGGAGGUCGGCUCCAUCUUCAUGGCGCGCGCCAAGCCCGCCGUCCGCAUCACGUACCGAGCCGUCGGCUCGUCGACGGGCCAGUGCGAGUCUGAGUGGAAAUCAAAGUUCGGGCGCCCCACGCCAUCGACGCGAUGUUGUACAGGUACGAGUUCAUGGGCAACACCGACGACGACCCGCUCGCCGUCAACGCCCACGAGGGCGGCGCCUACAACGACUUCGGCAGCGGCGACAUGCCCUUCCCGAAGGACAAGUACGACGCCAUGAGAAGUGCGGGCGUCGAAGUGCUCCACGUGCCCUUCGCAUUGGGCGCCAUGGCCUUCUUCGACAACGUUCCUGCCGACUACCAGCCGGACAACGGCCUCAAGCUCACGGCCUGCGUGCUCGCGGACAUCUUCAACGGUGUCAUUACGACGUGGGACGACGAAGCUAUUCUUGAGAUUCAGGACGGCGACUUCGAUCCGCCGUCCGGCGAGAAGAUUGUGGUCUACCACCGGACCUACGGCUCCUCGACCACAAAGGGCAUCACGCAGUAUUUGCACGCGGCGUGUCCCGACAAGUGGCCGGCCGACAAGGUCGGGUCGAAGAUCGACUGGCCCGCGUCGACGUUCAACGUCGAAGGCAGCGGCCAGAUGAGCGCCAUGAUCGCCGCCACGGAGUGGAGUAUCGGCUACAUCGACUCGGGUCAUGGCAUCGAGGACGGGUUGCACGAGAUCGCCCUCCAGAACAAGGACGGGAACUACUGGACGACGUCGGCCUCCAUCGCGCAGGGCGGCGUGCAGAUGGCCGCGGAAGAAGCGCUGAAGACGGGCGUCAUGCCCGACGAUCCUGCUGCGGACUUCAGCGAAGUUUCUUUACAUAAUAUGCCGGGCGAGACGACCUGGCCCAUCGUGGCCAUCUCCUACAUGUACAUCCGCGAGGACCAGACGGGCAACAACAAAAAAGGACCGUUGCUGAAGGCCUGGGUCGAGUUCGUGCUGUCGCCGCGAGGUCAGGAGAUGGUGAAGCUGUACAACUUCCAGCCCGUGCCCGCCGACGUCCUGGAGAUGGCCCAGAAGGCCAUCGGGAUGAUGAAGACCGACGACGAGCCGGAGUGGACCUUCGUACCGCGGGCCGCGUCCUAUUCUUCUACGGACGCCUUCGACCGAUUGGCGCAACAGUAGCGCGUCAUAAUCGAAGGUUACGCGUUCGAAUCGCGUAUCGGUCACUUGCCCAUGAAGUAUCGAACGCACCCGACGGUACACCACACAGGAAUACGACACGGACAAGGGCGGCGGCCAGCUCGACUACGUCAUCUCGGCGAAGCGCCGCCACUACUACGAGUACGCGCUGGGCGUGCAGUCCGAUUUGAUCGAAGGCGACGGCGACGAGGCCGAGGACGGCGGCGACCACGACGGCCCGGGCGGCGACCACGACCACGGCUGGGGCUCCGUGGUGAGUUGCGUCGUUUAUUGAUUGCCUUCGGAGGUGACGCGUCGAUGGCGCACCGCUGUCGGAGAGAGUCGCCGUCGACGCGUCCCCGCCCCGCGCAGGAGAAGGAGGACUUCGACGCCCUCAUGCAGCGCGUCGAGGACCUCGAGACCGAGAACGCCGCCCUCAAGACGCAGCUGGACGCGACGGAGUCGCCCUUGGAUGCGGUCGACACGACGUGCGAGGCUGGCUGCGAGCAGGCCAUGCGCGACUUGGGAUUUUCGGGCGGUUCCAAAAAGGGCGCGAAGAAGUCCGACGUCGAGAAGGCCGGCGCCGUGGCCAUCGCCGGGUUGAUCGCGGCGCUCGUCGCGUUGGCGGUCGCGGCGACGGCGUGCUGCCGCGUGAACAAGCUCGUGUCGAACCGCUCGUCGAUGGAGACGGCCAAGGACUGCGUGCCGACGUCGGGCCGCAAGGAGCCGCUCGCGGUGCAGGGCGACUCGUACACGCUGUCGACGCGCCGCCACUGGGCGUGACGGCGUUCCCGGCCGCGCCCCCCCUGCCCCCGCGGCCGCCACCCUCGACGACAUAUGAGGCGUUAUGACGUUCGACGACGCGCACCGGGUGCACGUCUUCGGGCCGAGGAUAUCCACCGGAUUCGUUCCGGAUGCCCUUUGUCGACCCUUCCCCCGCACGUAAGAUGGAGAGAUCCAUUCUUCGCCCCUGAAGACCAACAUGAUGCACCUGGUCCUGAAAUAUUUAUUUUCAGUACUACAACUCCAAUAGACUACGAGAAAGCUUACAAAUUUAUAGGAGAGGGAGCUCUUCGCAAACGGCUUACUGUAGCGAUUAUUGACGAAUGUGAUGAAGUAACUAUGGGG